CGCGUGCGUCAAAAGUCAGAAAGAGAGAGAUAGAGAGAGUGUCAAUAUUUGAAAAUUAAAAACAAUAAUUUUUCUAAGAUUUUUCAAAAAAUUUACAAAUGAAAAUUCUACUAAAGUGUACAAAUAAGUUUUAUAGAAAAGUUUAUCAUCCGGAAAUGACAAAUGUCAGUUAGAAAAAGUGGUAAAAUAUGAAUUAUCUGAACACUAUAGCGGCUAGUGGAGUUGCUGGAGAUGUCAAUCUUCAGUUGAAUAAUGUUGAAGUUUUAUAUACUAAAGUGCAAAAAGUUUAUAUUAAACCUCAACUUAAAGAAGAAAGACAAAGGGAUCUUCGUGUUAAUGUUGAAAUUCACGCAGGAAUAAGUCCCGUUUGUCGCAAGAGUUUAUGCGUUUUAUUAGCAGACGAUGAUGAUCCAUGUUUUCUCUACUCUUUAUUUAUAACCGAAGAUGAUUUUAAAAUUUUGAAAGCUCAACAAGGAUUACUUGUUGAUUUUGAUAAUUUUGCAACGCAAUUAAUAUAUCUUUUGGAACAAUGUCAAGUACCAGCGACAAGUUUAUCAAAAACUCCAAAAUUUCUCAUGCUAUUGUCCGAGGAAAGUGGAGAAUGGACUUUCAAAUUCGUUGAGACAAACAAUUUCAAGCAUCUUUGUCAUUUAUGCUUAAAUAUCGCUCCAGCAAAUGAUUCACACAUCAAGACACAUAUGGCUAUGAAAAUCAAACAAUUAAAAGAGAGUUUAUUACAAAAAGAUCGUGACAUUCUUAAUUUGGAAGCAAGACAAUCUGAUUUAAAUUGUAAACUAGAAUCAAAAGUAAAGGACCUCGAUCAACUUGAACAAAAAUGGGUUACUGAAAAAACACAAUUGCAAAUGAGUUUAGCGCAACAGAUGAAUUUAGAAAAAGAAAGAUUGUCACAGCUAAAAAUGGAAUUACAACAUCAAUGUGAGAGGGAAAAAAUGGAAUUAGAACAAAGACACAGUGAAAUAAUUAAACAUGUUCAUACAGAAUUGGCGGAAUUUAAAACACAAAAUAUAACAUACAAAGAUAAACAAUCAUUUCUUGAGGCAACAAAUUCAGAACAAUUAAAACAAAUACAAACUCUUGAGAAAGAACUCAAUCUUGUACAACGAGAUCUUUCUCUUUUAAAAAAGCAAAAUUCAAAACUCGACGGUGAUUAUCAUGAUAAAGAUAAAUCAGUUAAUAGUUUAAAAACAAAAGUUGCCGUACUUGAACAAGAAAUGAAGGAUAAAACAAUUUUAAUAAAUAAACAUACAGAAAUGUUGAAAAAUGCCAAGGAACAAAAACAAAGAUUAGAGGAGCUUCUUGCCGAAAAAGAUAAUCAAUUACAAAGAAAACAAAAUUCAUUAACACGAUUGAGUGAUGAAUUAGUGAAAGCAAAUGAGAUUCUUGCAAAAAUACAAAAUGAACUUGCAUCAACGAAAAAUAAAUUAAAACUUCGAACGGGCAUUGCACUAGAGCAAGAGAGAUUAAUUGACGCUACACACAAACAAGUUGGUCAAUUGGAAAAUAAAAUAGAAAAUUUCACAAAAGAAUCAAAAGACGCAAAGGCAGAAAUUGAUAAUUUAAAAGAACAAGUGAAAAAUUUGCAAACGCAAAUCGAAGAAAAGGACAAAACCAUCAAGAAUAAUGACAAUGUUAUCAGUUGGCUUAAUAGAAGAUUGGCCGAUAAUCAAACACCAUUGCACAGUGCAACAAAUGCAAUGACAUCUGUGCCAACAUCAAUUCAAUUAACAUUACCGCGAACAAAUAAAUUUAUUCCCAAUAGAUUUGAAACACGAACACCAGCGCCGAGUACAACUCAAGCAAAUGCUUCUUCACUCUCAGCGUUACCUCUUAGAAAUUCUAUUAUGCAAAAUUCAAAUAUUAAUCGAUCAUCAGCAAGAUCAACGGGUGUUGGAGUAAGUGAUAUGACAAGUGGUAUGAAUUUUAAUAAACCUGGACAAAUUUCAAGUACAAGUACACCACUCGAUCGUAUGAAUGGUUUAAGUAAAUCGCCAAAUUCUGGUGGUAUAUCAACAGUGCCACCAAUUAUUGAAAAUAAUAAUGCUCCAUUUAUGGCGAAUGGAAAGGCAAAAAGUACGAGUAAUCUACAAGGUGGCCUUCGUCGUUCCGUAUUAGAUAAACCACUUUUGCCAUCAUCGUAUUUUCCCAAGACUCUCCACUGAAUUAGAAAAAAAAAGAAAGAGAGAAGGUGGGAGUACAAUAUUAGAUAAUUAAUUUUUAAACAAUUAUAUAUAAGUUGAAGAGUACAAAUAAAUUUGAAAUCUCAGAAAGCAGACGUUUUCUCGUCUUUAAAAAAGUAUAAAAAGAAAAAUUUAAAAAUUUAUUUUUUCAAUUUUGUAGUAAACAAAAAUGCCAAGAUAUUUCUCAAAUUCUAAACGAUUUUUAAAAAUAAAACUUCAUUAAUUUUUUUUAUCAAUUAACAAUUAUACAGUUUUUAGUUUUAAUUAUUCUGUAAAAAAAAGUUUACCAAUCGAAUAUUUUCUUAAAAAAUAAUGGGUUUUUAACGUAAUUUCUGAAAAUGACUUGAAAAAUAAUUUUUUCAUUGGAAACGUGAGAAAUAUUUCGAACAAUUGUAGUUUGCUCAGCAUUAAUUGUAGAAUUUUUAGAAUAAGGGAACAAUAUUUAAAAAAAAAAAAAACAAUAAUGUUAAAUGAGAGUGUUGAAAUGAAAAUGUAGAUUUAAAAAUUAUGACCAUAAACAAAAACAAAAAAGUACAAAAAAAUGUACCUGGAGAAAAUGCAAUUUAAAAACAAAAAAAACUCUUCUGUUAAAAAAAAAUCCUGAUAUAUAAUAUAAAAAACGAAUUCAUUUUUUUUCUACGUUUUCGUAAGGUAUUUUGCCUAAAAGGAAGACUGCCAGGAUUGUAGACAGUAUUAAUUAAGAUAAUAUCUAGAAGAAUAAGUUACAGUUUGUAAUAAGCAAUUAUUGUUUAUACUAUAACUUUUGUACAUAAAUGAAGAAUAAAUAUUUUAUAAAAUGAUGAAA